AUGUCCAGUGACAUGAAAUCCGAGGCAAAGGAUCUCAUGCAGGACGUCCCAUGGAUCGCAACGAAUCUGGGAUUCCGGACCCCUGGUGGAGCGUAUUUUCCAGAAGCAGACGUCUUCCGUGAUUUGCCUGUUGUCUCUGUCAACCUGUUCGAUCCACAGAUUCUCACUGUACUCGGCGAGUUUGGGGUCAAGCGGCAUCUUAACUUUGAAGAGUUGUUUGCCAAGGCGGACAAAUUGAGCACGUGGUCGGCGAUGGAGAUGAUCAGAUAUCUUAGCACUGACCCAGACGCCAUGGAGAGGCUGGAGGAUAUCAGGAAAUACGCUGUAUUCCCUUGUGAUAAAGGCGGGAAAUACUGCAUCACUGACUUGUACCUUCCACAUGGGGAGAUACGUCCGCUGGGCCUACCAAUUCUCAAUUGGUCACGCAGGAUCGAUAAAGAUUCCGAGGAUGAGCAACUUUUGACCGAUAUGGGAUUCCUUCGACACCCGCCCUUGGAGAAGCUCAUUGAGAUUGCUGGAGACCCCGACCCUAAAGUUCAACAUGCUGCCUUUGGGUACCUUGCGAGCAAGUUUGAUGAACUCUAUGAUACGGAGUAUGAUCCUUCGAAAUACGACGAUAUGCCGUUUAUACCAGCUAUCCGAGACGGUCAUGAAUGUGUAGGCGCUUACGAGGAGGUUUAUUCUGAUCCAUCAUGGGCGUUAAUGGGGUUCCAAAAAGUCCGUCCUUCUGUCGACAGGAAGGUCGUCGGCCGACUGAGGAUGCGGGAAGCGCCAUCUGCAAGACAAGUGAUCGAGGUUUUCAGGACCAGUCCGCCUAAGGAUGUCAACAUAGCGAUGAAAUGGUUCGCCUUUCUUGCAACAAAGCAAGUCCUCUCUCCUGGAGAUCUUCAGCAAAUCGCCGAGAUUCCUAUCGUCCCCGUUGAAGAACUCACCUCGCAAGGCCAUUCGGAUUCCGUCGAAUCUCGCCUGGUACCACCUCGGGAGUGCUUUAUCGGUGGUAGCCAAUACGGAGAAGAUCACCUUUACCGGCGACUGUUUACCUUCGUCGACUUUGGUGAACAUGCAAACCGGUUUCUAAAAGCUUGCGGUGUCAAAGCCAAGCCAGAUUGUUCAGACAUAGUCCACAUUCUAAUAAAGGACCCUAAGGAGUUCCUCAGAAAAGCUGGUGCAGAAGGAGACCCUGAGAAAUACCUUGUCGAGCUUCGUGGAAUUGCGGUUGGGUAUGAGGGGCUUUCCGAAGAGGAUAAGAAAAGGAUGAAGAAUGCGCCGAUAUUCGUCGGCUAUCGCACCUCAAAGUCCUCCGAUCCAGAUCACGCUCCCGUUGUCAGGGACGAGUUCCAACUCGUUCAAGCGUCUAAGAUCCUGCUCGCUGACGACAUGGAAAACCGCCGGAUCUUUGGAGAGUUUGUCUGGUUGGCUCCACAGGAUGAGCUGCUCGAAAAGCUGUACGAAUCAGUGGGAUCUGGGUAUUUGAGCGCCCACAUUAAAUACAACGUGAAACCAACUAGCGAGCAACCUAAGUGGACUCGCUGCGAGGAAGUUCGAAGGGCGAUUUUGGAGAAGUUGCCCAUCUUUAUGCAUGAGUUUGAUGAGCAACGUCUCAAGCAAGGCUCGGUGCACCGCAAGUGGGAUGAUAAAACACGCUUUCUCGUGAAAGGAUGCAAAGAUCUCAGAGUGGAUAAGAGACUUGAGUCUAAUUACCGCAUCUCUGCUGAACGUCAGAGAGAAAGCAAUGAAUUCUAUGUGUCCGCCGAGAUCACCACAGAAGAGAACGGUCGUGUUGUGCUAUGGCUCAAGAAAACGGAACACCUUGACAUGUAUGACGUCGCUGUCGCACUUUGCCGUCUGCUCUUCAAGACUCACAAGAAGCACGACGUUCUCAGUUUGAUGACCAUAUUGGAGACGGACAAGGAAGUCUUGAGGAAACGAGGCUACGAUGUGGACAGGAUUGAGCAAGCUCACGAAGCCGCUAAACUUGAAGACAAGAAAAAGGAAGAAGAGCGCGAAAGGGCAGCACGCAAUAAGCAGUUAGAGGAGGGCGGCGGAGGGCGGCAUGGUGGUGGCAAUCCCCGCUUCCGGUCCAAAUUCCUUGACUUCUUCAGGUGGCAGUCGGGAGGAUCCAAGACCGCCGGCAAAGUUGACGUCAGAGAAAUUGACGACGCGAUCAAGGAAUUGAUGGACCAGUGUGCCAAAGGAAAAGCUACCUCAGAAGAACAGGAGAUUCGAAAUAGAGAACACAGCGGUGCAGACAGGAAGCGGAAAGACGUCAAAUACUGUACUGAGCUAAAGAGCACCGCUCUGGAAAUCGUCGAUGUGGGUGGCGCCGCCGGUUUCAUACCCGUUUGGCGACAAAUUACUGCACGGAAGGAAAUUCCCGGCGAAUUAACGGACUUUGCAAACAUAGUCCAUGGACUCAACGGAGUAUUAGACCUGAGUAAUAAUGAACACGGCAUAUUCAAUAUCUUCUGGCAUCCAGAGGAUCCUGAUUUGAUGGGAUUCAAUCGCCACCGGCUCAUUUUCUUGAACCUUGCACACUACACGCAACACCUAGACUCUGGCAUGACGCCCGGUCAGGCAUACAUUCACUGGUACUAUAUCAUCUUGCACGAGAUAGCCCACAAUAAAACGCCUUUCCACGACGAAAAUCACGAGUUGUUGGUCUCGUCACUAAGUGCUCUUUUCCUGCCACGUCUGCACGACGUGGAAGAGGUCCGCGAGUAUUUCAAUUGCGCAACGGACGGUUCGUAG